AAUUCGCAGUAACCGAUUCAUUCAGUGGCUCAGGUUGUUCCUUAUAGAUUGCAUGUUGGAAAAAAUUUUUAUCAAGCUAAAAUUCUGCCAACAUGUAUAGCACGUACCAAACAUCGUAUUUUGAUGUCCCCGAUUCUUUGUCGCUACAAGAAAUGAUGGAGUGUGAUAUACGAGAGAUGGAUUUAAACUUCAACGAUCCUUUAUUCCAAGAACAGAAUCUCUUUACUUCACCCGAUACUCAAAGGGUAAUGAAACAGGAGCGAAGGGGAGAUUGUAUAAGUCCUGGUGAUCUCACGAAUCUGCAGUGGCUACAGAAUGUAUCGAUUCCAAUGGAGAAAAAUCCAAACAGCCAUGAUAAGCAAGUUAUGGUGGAUCCAAACACUGUCAUGCCAGUCCAAUGGCAGAAUCCCCAACAGACUAACGCCAUAGCUGUCACAUCGAUUCCCAACAUGAACACUACUACGUAUCCCCUCUCUCAGCAAACCCACCAGAAUGUGGGGCUUACACGUGUGACAGAAUCCAAGCAACGAUCUCAGGACUGCAAGGUCUCGAGCAAAGAAAAUACUAAACCAAACGAGAAAGCGUAUCCGAAACCCUUGUUCUCUUACUCUUGUCUGAUCGCUAUGGCACUACAGAACAGCGAUGCGGGAACUUUGCCAGUCAGUGAAAUCUACAAGUUCAUGAUGGGGAAGUUUCCAUACUUCAAGACUGCACCGGACGGAUGGAAGAAUUCAGUUCGGCAUAACUUGUCACUCAACAAAGCCUUCUGCAAGCUAGAGCGUCCACAAGGAGCUUCCCAGAGGAAAGGAUGCCUGUGGUCACUACGGCCCGAGAGAAAAGAACAAAUGGAAAAAGAGAUAAAGAAAUGGAAGAAAAAGCAUGCUGAAGCUAUUCGAGCAAGUAUGGCAAAUCCAGAAGAGUUGCAACUUUCACAUGAAGAUUUAGAAGAAGUACUAACAACACCACAACAAAACAUUGAUGAUGUUGCCGCUGCUGAUGCCGCGAAGGAAUUAUUUGGGAACAACCUCAUCCAGGAGAUACAACAACACGAAGAGCUGGAUUGGGAUGAUAUCAUAUCUUCUGGCUCCAACCUCAACUUAGAUCCAGCACUUACUAAUUCUAUGACAUCUACCAUAAAUGGUCUGAAUUUACAAGCACCUCCGAUAACAACAACUACCGUUGAACUGGAGAAUUCGGCUCAUUAUUUUUUGAAUGGCGAUGUCCGUCAUGAUUUUGAUAAUACAAAUUACACCACCAAUUAUUAUACCCCUCAGCCGCAACAAAUGACUCAUUUAGGCACUGGGUUUUAAUACAAAAGUGUUAUUUUAGCAAGAAAAAAUGUUUUACUAGGUUAGAGUUUAAUAGAGAUAAUAUGACGAUCAAAUGCCCCAAAUUUAUACUUUUUAAGAGAUUUAUCUCCCUGUUCAUAUCAAUAUAGUGCUCGUAUUCGCAAUCUGGUCUUAGUUCCGGGAGUAUACGAGAAACUUAUCUGACUUUAUUAUAAAUAUAAGUCUAUUAUUAGAGUCUGCAAGUGCUGGGGGAGAGCCAUUUCUCAAAUUUCAUAAGGACUGCUUUAGUUCAACAGAGAAGCUAUGUAUUUGAAUCAAAAUGGAAUCAUCUGAACCAUUAUAACGUGUAAAUUAUUUCUUUUAAGAUUAACCAUCCUAAUCUAGUGUUCAUCGUUUGGGAAUUUAUUUCCUAGAAAGAAAUUUUUAAGUGAAAUAUUUUUAGCUUAUAUAGAAAAAAUUUAAAUAGAUCCUGCUUACAUUGGCCAUAGCAAGAUUGUAAAAAGUUCAUAUCUCGUAUAAAUAGAUCAUAAAAUGGUUUAAAUUCCUACAGAUUUAAAUCAGGGUAGUAUACAAUCUAUAUAAGCUAGAAAUUUAUUCCAUAAAAUGUGUCCCUUGACAUAUAAAUUUUCACCAAAUAAUAAGCAGGUUGAAGUUAGAAUAGUUGUGAUAGAAUAGAUCUUGACAAAAGGGACCAUGUGUUAGGCCAACAUGCAAUAAUUGCCCUCCGAGCACAGCUCUUUUCCAGCCAUUAUCAAUACUGGUUGGCAAAUAUGCUUCCUGCUGGAGGGGUAAUACAACUUGUAAAUACUGGACAUAUACAGCAAUAAUAUUGAUUUUUAUACUUGCCAAAAAACUGUUUCACUUCCAUCUUUCUUCACAUGUAGGGGAAAUGUUUUUAAUUAUUGCAACUGAUGUGGGUAAUGAUUGACAGAUUGAAAUGAGUCGGCUCGUUCUUGGCAUUAUGAUUAUCUUAUGUAGACAUUACAUUGUAACUAGAAUCAAUCAAUCAUGUAUAAUCGGCUCCUUGUAUGCUGUAUAUACUAUUGCACUGAAUAUAAAGUAAAGCCAUGUUUAUAGACAACUGCUGAAUAAAGACUGGUAAAACCAGGAAUCAUACUCACA